CCCAACGUGACGACUUGUCAUCUCCAUUAACAACCACUUAACCAGAAGGUCCAGAACCAGAAACCAAAACUACCAGAAUCGGAACCAGCCUGAUCCAGAGAAGGACACGUAAUCCAAUUCUAGAAAAACAAAAGGCUCUGAGAAUGGGAGAUCAGAUAGCUCGAGGAGAGGAAUUCGAGAAGAAAGCCGAAAAGAAGCUUAGUGGUUGGGGCUUAUUCGGUUCCAAAUUUGAAGACGCAUCCGAUCUCUUCGACAAAGCUGCCAAUUGCUUUAAGCUUGCCAAAUCCUGGGAUAAAGCUGGAUCAACUUAUGUCAAGUUGGCGAACUGUCAUUUGAAGUUGGAAAGUAAACAUGAAGCUGCUCAAGCUUUUGUUGAUGCUGCUCACUGUUAUAAGAAAACGUCUAUAAAUGAGGCAAUAUCCUGCCUCGGUCAAGCUGUAGAUCUGUUUUGUGAUAUAGGAAGGAUCAGUAUGGCUGCAAGAUAUUACAAGGAAAUUGGUGAAUUAUAUGAAUCAGAAGCAAAUAUUGAGAAAGCUAUUGACUUUUAUGAAAAGGCAGCUGAUUUCUUCCAAGGUGAAGAAGUAACAACUUCUGCCAACCAAUGCAAGCAGAAAGUAGCCCAGUUUGCUGCUCAACUAGAAAAAUACCAGAAAGCAGUUGAGAUUUAUGAAGAGAUUGCUCGACAGUCUCUCAGCAGUAACUUGCUUAAGUAUGGAGUCAAAGGUCAUCUACUCAAUGCUGGAAUUUGUCACCUAUGCAAAGGCGAUGUUGUUGCUAUAUCCAAUGCAUUAGAGCGAUAUCAGGAUUUGGAUCCAACUUUUUCAGGAACUCGAGAAUACAAACUCCUAGCGGAUAUUGCUGCUGCUAUUGAUGAGGAAGAUGUUGCAAAGUUUACUGAUGUUGUCAAGGAAUUCGACAGCAUGACCCCAUUGGAUUCCUGGAAGACAACCCUUCUGUUGAGGGUUAAAGAGAAGCUGAAAGCUAAGGAAUUGGAGGAGGACGACCUUACCUAAAUCUGAAGUUCCAAUCAUUUGUUCUUUUGGUUGAUCACCGAUGAUUGAGUUGUAUUAUCUUGUCUUGUUAAGUUACAACCAUUACACCGUCUCUGUUAUCAAAUGUUUUUUGGCUUGGGUUUCAUUCAGAAUGCAUUGCUUCGCAAUUGUGGACAUGAGCUUGUAAUUUUUUUGGAAUAUCGCGAGUGGGUUGUAUAUUGGUAAGCUAA